AUGCGCGCUGAAGCUUGCGCAAACAGCUUUGCGCAAGCCGAUACUCUGAAUGCAAACCAGAACCCUUCCGGUGGACAAAAUCGAUCCGUGCUUGCACAUGAUCCAGCGACGGAUUCGCAACGCGGAACCCCGAAAUUCGACAGCAAUCAAGUCCCCCAUCCACAAACCACGGAUGCCCCUCGUGGUCCAGCUCGCCAACAAGGACGACAAACCACGGGUACCAAUCAAGAAGUCUACGUACCAUUCCUCGAUUCUCGAUUCUACCGACGACGACAGCCCAAUGCCGUUCGAGUCGUCAGAACGCGUCAUGGUUCCCGUCGAGUCCUUGGAAUAAGCGGCGAUGCCCGUCGUCUAGACAAUCGUGUUGGUAAAAAAGUCUCACGCGAUCGGUGUCUCCAUGGCCCCUGUUUCCCACCUUGUGUUGCCAAAGAUUAUAUCCUAGGCUUCAUAGGUGAUAAUUCGCGCUCCGGCCGCAAUAGCCUGGACGUCUCGAGACUGAACAGCGAGUUCCUCACCAUGACGAUCAAUAGCGCCAAGGGAAAAGCCACCACCAGCCAAGUUAAUGGUUGCACCGCUGGAGAGCAGAGCGCAGGCCACUAG